GGCGGGGCUGGCAGAACAUGAGAACUUGCUGAUUUGGAAGGAGAACGCUCGAACCCAAGGUGGGUCUCUUUGCCAGGAAUUCUGCUGCGCGCUUGCACUAUAACUGACACCGUUUCUGAACGCACCCCACCCUCCUUUCCCAAUGGCUGCUUGCCCAACCCUUUCGUGACCCGAUCCUCCCUUAAAAAUUUGAUCUGGCUAUCCGGUUACCAGCCCUCCUCCAACCAAAUCAUCAUGUCACAGCUUUACCGUGACCCAUGGGCGCGCUCUGAAGCCUGGCGCAAGCACCCUGUCUUCUCCAACCGCUUCCUCUUCCGCUCCUUCCUCCCCGGCUUCGGGCUCGGCACUGCCGCUUUUGCGCUGUACUAUGCCAUCGACACCAUCACGCACCCGACCAACGUGGAGAAGAUCAAGGAACAGUCACACAAGCCGAUGGAGUCCAAGAUUGAAUGAGAACAUCAAGCUCGCGCGAGAGGGUGCCGUCUCUUGAAGAAGCAUUUCAUCAUUUAUCAC